AUGGCGAGUUCCGAAGCCACGAUAGAUCCUAGUGAUCAGAUCACUCCAGUGACCCAACCUACGAUUGACAGACAGGACACACUUCAUUCGAAUUCCCAAGAGAAUGCCGAUACGGCACCAAGUAACGCCUCUCAAACAGAUCGCCCGGGCACCGAACAAUUCGAUCAACAGCUAGGUCGCAUGGUACAAAAAAUAGAUCAGCUAGACCGUCUAGUUCGCGAACACCAGGCACGCUGUUCUAGUUCAAGAGAUGACGUCUGGGUCGACCCAGAUUACUAUAAGUACUAUCCAGAGUAUGGUCAACCGAGAAAGAAGCCUAUUUGGAGUGUCACAGAAGGAUUCCCGCGCAUAGUAUACCGGCGCAAGAAACAAGCCGAUGGGUCGACAAAACUUGUGGCCAAACCCGCCGAUGAGCUAGCAGAACUCGGACAGGCGCAAGUCGACCCCAGCGUCGUUUCGGAGGAAUGCAUUUCGCCCCAAAAGACUGCCGCAGAAGCUGCCCAUAUCGACGAAAGCAACGACGACGAAGUGGAGCAAGAAGAGAAAGACCCAAAGAAGCUGCAAAACUGGUGGGCCCGUGUACGAGCAAAGCAUCCCGAGCCAACCGCCGAAUUUCUUGCUACAAUGACGGCCAUAUUCGUGGGAUUAGCGGCAGACCUUUCUGUAAACCUUCCCACCAACCAGCGUGUCCCAUAUGGCACACGUGAGACAUCAUGCUGGGCUUGGGGCUUUGCCUGGAUGUUCGGCAUGUAUAUGGCUGGAGGUGUGUCAGGAGCACACAUGAACCCGAUCAUGUCGAUCAGUUUAUCACUCUUUCGUGGCUUUCCCUGGGGGUUAUGCUUCGUCUAUGUGAUCGUCCAAAUUUUAGCGAGUAUGACGGCUGGAGCGUUAGUUUUCGGCUAUUAUAGUAGUGUCAUUCGACGUGUUGACCCAGCCAUGACUGAAACGGCGAAAAUCUUCUUUUCGAGCCCUCAAGAAUGGACCUCUUUCACGGAAUCUUUCUUCGAUCAAGUUUUAGGCGGCGCAAUAUUGAUGAUUGCAGCUUUCACGAUGAAUGAUGUCCCUACCAAAGCGGGAAUGCGUGGACUGUUUACUUCAUCCUCCGACAUCGUAUCGGCGCUAAAUCCUGCCUGUGAUCUCGGACCUCGAGUAGUUUUAUGGGCGUUUGGCUAUCGUGGGCCAGAGACAUUUUCAACAAACUGGUGGUUUUUUGGUCCGUGGCUUGCCACCUGGAUCGGUGCCAUGAUCGGGUGUAUACUAUAUGACACUCUCAUAUUUGACAGACCAGAAAGUCCAAUUAAUCAACAAGGGUUCAUUCGACGAAUCAAAGGAGGAAUUAAGAACAGAACGCGAAGCCUAUUCAACCUUAACAAGGAAGAGUAG